AGCUUCCCGGGCGCUCUAGGAGAGGAGCAGCCGCACGCGGGGCGCUUGCAGCGCCAGGGCACGGCGCGGGGUGUAGGCAGCCAGGAUGUUUCUGGAGCCCCAGGAAACUAUGCCCCAGACGUCCGUCGUCUUCUCCAGCAUACUUGGGCCCAGCUGUAGUGGACAGGUGCUGCCCGGCAUGGGGGAGCGAGGAAGUGGGGCCAGCAGCUCCGGGGACCUCGUCUUCCAAGAGGGACGCCUCAUCUCUGGGUCCCUAGAAGCUUUGAUGGAGCACCUGGUCCCCACAGUGGACUAUUACCCGGAUAGGACAUACAUCUUUACAUUUCUCUUGAGCUCCCGGGUCUUCAUCCCCCCUCAUGACCUGCUGGCCCGCGUGGGGCAGAUCUGCCUGGAGCAGAGGCAGCAGCUGGAGACCGGGUCUGAGAAGGCCAAGCUGAAGUCCUUCUCAGCCAAGAUUGUGCAGCUGUUAAAGGAGUGGACAGAAGCCUUCCCCUACGACUUCCAGGAUGAGAAGGCCAUGGCUGAACUGAAGGCCAUUACCCACCGGGUCACGCAGUGUGAUGAGGAGAAUGGCACAGUGAAGAAGGCCAUUGCCCAAAUGACACAGAGCCUGCUGCUGUCGCUGGCUGCCCGGAGCCAGCUUCAGGAGCUGCGGGACAAGCUUCGCUCACCGGCGAUGGACAAAGGGUCUGUCCUCAAGACUAAGCCGCCAGCCACUCAGAAGGACAUCCUGGGUGUGUGCUGCGACCCCCUGGUGUUGGCCCAGCAGCUGACUCAUAUCGAGCUGGAGAGGGUCAGCAGCAUUCACCCUGAGGACCUGAUGCAGAUCGUCAGCCACAUGGACUCUCGGGACAAGCACCGGUGCCGAGGGGACCUGACCAAGACCUAUAGCCUGGAGGCCUAUGACAACUGGUUCAACUGCCUUAGCAUGCUAGUGGCCACCGAGGUGUGCCGGGUGGUGAAGAAGAAGCACCGGACCCGCAUGCUAGAGUUCUUUAUUGAUGUGGCCCGGGAGUGCUUCAACAUCGGGAAUUUCAACUCCAUGAUGGCCAUCAUCUCUGGCAUGAACCUCAGUCCUGUGGCGAGGCUGAAGAAAACGUGGUCCAAAGUCAAGACGGCCAAGUUUGACGUCUUGGAGCACCACAUGGACCCAUCCAGCAACUUCUGCAACUACCGCACUGCCCUGCAGGGGGCCACUCAAAGGUCCCAGAUGGCCAACAGCAGCAGAGAGAAGAUUGUCAUCCCUGUAUUCAACCUUUUCGUUAAGGACAUUUACUUCCUGCACAAAAUCCAUACCAAUCACUUGCCCAACGGGCAUAUUAACUUUAAGAAAUUUUGGGAAAUCUCCAGACAGAUCCAUGAGUUCAUGACAUGGACUCAGGUAGAGUGUCCCUUCGAGAAGGACAAGAAGAUUCAGAACUACCUGCUCACGGCCCCCAUCUACAGCGAGGAAGCUCUCUUCAUCGCCUCCUUUGAAAGCGAAGGUCCUGAAAACCACAUGGAGAAGGAUAGCUGGAAGACUCUCAGGACGACUCUCCUUAACAGAGCCUGAAGGCACGGAUGCAGCCUGCAGACGCUGGACGAAGCACACACAUGCACUGAGUUUUAAUCUUGAUUGAUAAGGGUUGAGAUGAGGAGGCCUCACUGGUUGGGGUCCAUUUUGUA